CGGGAGCCCAGCCGGGACUGUCGCGCGGGCCGCGCCGGCGAUGCCGCGCCCCCGGGCCAGGCUGUAGCGGGGCUGCGGCCGGAGCGCACGCGCCGGGCAGGCGGGCCAUGGAGGUGGUGGACGAGACCGAAGCGCUGCAGCGCUUCUUCGAAGGCCACGACAUCAGCGGUGCCCUGGAGCCCUCCAAUAUAGACACCAGUAUCCUGGAGGAGUACAUUGGCAAAGAGGACGCCUCUGACCUCUGCUUCCCUGAGAUCUCUGCACCAGCCAGCACUGCCUCCUUCCCCCACGGGCCACCGGCCAUUCCCGGCUCCAGCGGGCUCCACCAUCUGAGCCCCCCUGGGAGCGGACCAUCCCCUGGGCGCCAUGGCCCCCUCCCACCCCCGACCUACGGCACCCCACUCAACUGCAACAACAACAACGGCAUGGGCACCGCCCCUAAGCCCUUCCUGGGGGGCUCUGGGCCUCCCAUCAAGGCAGAGCCCAAGGCUCCCUAUGCCCCAGGCACACUGCCAGACUCGCCCCCAGACUCAGGCUCUGAGGCCUACUCCCCUCAGCAGGUGAAUGACCCCCAUCUUCUGCGCACCAUAACCCCGGAGACGCUGUGCCACGUGGGAGUUCCUUCCCGCCUGGAACACCCGCCCCCACCUCCAGCUCACUUGCCAGGCCCCCCGCCACCCCCGCCUCCCCCACCUCACUACCCUGUCCUGCAACGGGACAUCUACAUGAAGGCUGAGCCCCCUGUACCCCCUUAUGCUGCCAUGGGGCCGGGUCUGGUGCCCCCUGAGCUCCACCACACCCAGCAGACCCAGGUGCUACAGCAGCUGCUGCAACAGCACGGAGCUGAGCUCCCUCCACAGCCCUCUAAGAAGAGGAAGCACUCCGAAUCACCCCCCAACACCCUCAAUGCCCAAAUGCUGAAUGGAAUGAUCAAGCAGGAACCUGGGACUGUCACAGCCUUGCCUCCACACCCUGCCAGAGCCCCGUCCCCUCCGUGGCCUCAGGGCCCACUCUCACCUGGCACUGGCUCCUUGCCCCUCAGCAUUGCCCGAGCCCAGACUCCACCCUGGCACCCACCAGGUGCACCCUCCCCAGGCCUCCUGCAGGACAGUGAUAGCCUCAGUGGCUCCUAUUUGGACCCCAACUACCAAUCUAUCAAAUGGCAACCACAUCAGCAGAACAAGUGGGCGACCCUAUAUGACGCCAACUACAAGGAGCUGCCUAUGCUCACCUAUCGUGUGGAUGCAGACAAGGGCUUCAACUUUUCCGUGGGUGACGAUGCUUUUGUGUGCCAGAAGAAGAACCACUUCCAGGUGACCGUGUACAUUGGCAUGCUGGGCGAGCCCAAGUAUGUCAAGACGCCGGAAGGCCUCAAGCCCCUGGACUGCUUCUAUCUGAAGCUGCAUGGAGUGAAGCUAGAGGCCUUGAACCAGUCUAUCAACAUCGAGCAGUCACAGUCAGACAGGAGCAAGAGGCCCUUCAACCCCGUCACGGUCAAUCUUCCCCCUGAGCAGGUCACAAAGGUGACCGUGGGGCGACUCCAUUUCAGUGAGACCACUGCCAACAACAUGCGGAAGAAGGGCAAGCCCAACCCUGACCAGAGGUAUUUCAUGCUGGUGGUGGCUCUCCAGGCACAUGCACAGAACCAGAACUACACACUGGCAGCCCAGAUCUCAGAGCGCAUCAUCGUUCGGGCCUCUAACCCAGGCCAGUUUGAAAGUGACAGUGACGUGCUGUGGCAACGGGCACAGCUGCCAGACACCGUCUUCCACCAUGGACGUGUGGGCAUCAACACCGACCGGCCAGAUGAGGCACUGGUUGUUCACGGGAACGUCAAGGUGAUGGGGUCGCUCAUGCACCCUUCAGAUUUGCGGGCCAAGGAGCAUGUGCAGGAGGUGGACACCACUGAACAGCUGAAGAGGAUCUCUCGGAUGCGGCUGGUGCACUACAGAUACAAGCCUGAGUUCGCUGCUAGUGCAGGCAUUGAAGCCACCGCACCGGAGACAGGUGUCAUCGCCCAGGAAGUGAAGGAGAUCCUGCCGGAAGCCGUGAAGGACACGGGGGAUGUAGUCUUUGCCAAUGGGAAAACCAUAGAGAACUUCCUUGUAGUGAACAAGGAGCGGAUCUUCAUGGAGAACGUGGGGGCCGUGAAGGAGUUGUGCAAGCUGACAGACAACCUGGAGACUCGCAUUGAUGAGCUGGAGCGCUGGAGCCACAAGCUGGCUAAGCUGCGGCGUCUCGACAGCCUCAAGUCAACUGGCAGCUCGGGCGCGCUCAGCCAUGCGGGGAGCCAGUUUAGCCGGGCAGGCAGUGUCCCUCACAAAAAGAGGCCCCCUAAACUGGCCAAUAAGUCAUCACCAGUGGUCCCAGAUCAGGCCUGCAUCAGUCAGCGCUUUCUGCAGGGAACUAUCAUUGCUCUGGUGGUGGUCAUGGCCUUCAGCGUGGUGUCCAUGUCCACACUGUAUGUGCUGAGCCUGCGCUCUGAAGAGGACCUGGUGGAUGCUGACGGCUCUCUUGCCGUGUCCACUUCCUGUCUUCUGGCCCUGCUCCGGCCCCAGGACCCUGGGGGGAGUGUGGCCAUGUGCCCAUGGUCCAGCCAGAGCUUUGGGACCACACAGCUCCGACAGUCUUCUAUGACCACUGGACUACCAGGCACACAGCCGUCUUUGCUGCUGGUUACCAGUUCAGCCUCAGGUCCCGCUCUCCGUGCCUUGGACCUGUGCUCCAGCCAGCCCUGCCCCAUCGUCUGCUGCUCUACUCCCGUCUCCAGUCCUGCUACAGACCCCAGCCUUGGCCCCACUGUUACUCCUACUCCAAGUCCCAGCCCUAGCCCCAACCCUAACCCCAAGCACUCAGGCCCUGGCCAGAUGGCCCCUCUGCCAGUCACCAACAUCAGAGCCAAAUCCUGGGGCAUUUCAGCUAAUGGCAUCAGCUAUUCCAAACAUCCCAAGAGCCUGGAACCUCUAGCCAGUCCUGUGGUUCCCUUUCCUGGAGGGCAGAGCAAGACCAAAAACAGCCCCAGCUUCAGUCUCCAAAGUCGCGCCCGCAGAGGAGCCCCACAACCCAGCCCAAGCCCUGCCCAGUUCACUCAGACCCAGGGCCAGCUAGACCCAGUGCCGUCCCUGACCUCCAUCCAGCUGCUGGAGAAUUCCAUGCCCAUCACCUCCCAGUACUGUGUACCAGAGGAUGCCUGCAGGCUUGGAAACUUCACCUACCACAUCCCUGUCAGCAGCAGCACACCACUGCACCUCAGCCUGACCCUGCAGAUGAAUUCCUCCGCCCCUGUGUCCGUGGCACUGUGCAGCCUGAUUUCGAAGGAGCAGCCCUGUGAGGAGGGAGGCUUUUUGCAGAGGCUCCACACCCAUCAGGACACCCAGGGUACCUCUCACCAGUGGCCAGUAACCAUCCUGUCCUUCCGUGAAUUCACAUACCACUUCCGGGUGGCAUUGCUGGGUCAGGCCGACUGCAGCUCAGAGGCCGCCGUUCAGCCGGCCACAGACUACUACUUCCACUUCUACCGCCUGUGUGACUGAGCUGCCUCCCAAGGCACUGCCACAGCCGGGACUGGGGUCCCUGGGCCCUCAACACUGGAUGCAAAUGUGUUACACUGGAGCCUGCUGCAGGCCAGCUCUCUGCUCUUCACUGCCUCCCUUGAUUGGAGACUGGAAGUCCUUACACUGGAGUUGCUGGGCCAACUGUUCACCCUCACACAGCACAGAGAGGGCUAGAGGGGGCAGCCUCUUGGCUUUUCCUUCUGGCCAUCUCCUUGGAACAUCACAGGACUAAUUCAUGGCUGUUUAGUCAUGGAUCCUGGAGGGCUGGCUUGCCCACUCCCACUCUCCCUGCCUUCCCUUCUGAGCUGUGGUGGAGCGAAGACCCACAGCAGUUGGACCCAGACCUCUAACACCUGGCUGGACCCCAUGAGUCCAUGCGGAGUUAAUAACUCACCCUUUAUGCUGUUCCCAGGAGGGACAGCUUGGUAGUAACUUCCUGGGGUUUGACUGUUACACUAGACCUGGAUUUCUAAGCUUUAAGUGUGGUUGGUUUCAGGAGUUUUCCCUGGGACAGCUUAGUUCCUAAGAAUUCCUGAGGUAGUCAGGGCUGCCCUGAAUAGCUGGAGAAGCUGACCUUGUGCCUUAAGUGUACUAGUGCCUGUGGAACCCACCCUCGCAGGGCUGAACCAGUGGGGCUGACAGGCCAUGGACCCUUGAACCUGGAGUACCCUGGAAGGAGUGGCUCCCUGUGAGC